CGCGAAGCCUUUUUGAUGUAUAGUCGAGGGGCAGGUCGGGCAGGUCCCCACCGUUUCGGGCAGCUCUCGAGAUCACUGGUCAGUGGUCACAGGUCAUAGCGAGGCGAGCACACACGCCCAAAAAGAAAGCUAAUCAUACUUAUCCCACUCUACUACUUUCUCUCACCUCGCACCAAAGAGAGAGAGAGGGGGACUCUCCACAAGUUUUUGAAAAGAAUGUUUAGAGAGCCAUUAAGUUGCCGAGGAAGAUAUACACUACACUGCAGAAGCAUCCAACCACAAAUUUUUGCGCACAUUCGAAAAUAGCCCAGCAUCACUUUCUCUUUUGUUGAUUUUCUUGUGUAUUGUCAUAAUUAUUGGGAUUGGCUUCUUGAUCUCUAAAUGAUGUUGGAGUUGUUGGGCUAAAUUAGGGAUUUUUAUCCUUCUUUAAAUGCUGUGCCUUUAUCUAUUUGGAUCUGAGGCAUUAUUAUCUCGUGAGCUGGUGGAGCUACCAUAUCUAUCGCAUAAAUAUGUAUGUUUUUUUGGUGGGAAUGGUGAAAAGAGUGAGCUUGGUGAUGUGGCUGAUGUUGCUGCUCUAUCCUUUGAAGUGCAUUUAUGCUAAUAUGGAAGGUGAUGCUUUACAUAGCCUUAGAGCAAACUUGGAGGAUCCUAACAAUGUGCUACAAAGCUGGGACCCCACGCUUGUCAACCCUUGCACAUGGUUCCAUGUUACGUGCAACAACGAUAACAGUGUAAUUAGAGUUGAUCUCGGGAAUGCUGCUUUAUCGGGUCAAUUGGUUGCACAGCUUGGCCUGUUGAAGAAUCUGCAGUAUCUGGAGUUGUACAGUAACAACAUAACUGGGCCAAUACCAAGUGAUCUUGGAAAUCUUACUAAUUUGGUGAGCUUGGAUCUGUACUUGAACAGUUUCACUGGUCCCAUUCCAGCCACGUUGGGCAAGUUGUCGAAAUUACGAUUCCUCCGGCUAAACAAUAACAGCUUGACGGGUCCCAUACCUAUGCAACUGACCAAUAUCUCGUCACUUCAAGUUCUGGAUCUAUCAAACAACCGUCUCUCGGGGGCAGUUCCAGAUAACGGUUCCUUUUCUUUGUUUACACCCAUAAGUUUUGCAAAUAAUGUUGACCUCUGCGGCCCAGUUACUGGACGACCAUGCCCUGGAUCACCUCCAUUCUCUCCACCCCCUCCGUUUAUUCCACCGCCCCCAACUGCUUAUCCAGGAGGAAAUACUGCAAUGGGAACCAUUGCUGGAGGGGUUGCUGCAGGCGCAGCUCUACUAUUUGCUGCCCCUGCCAUCGCCUUUGCAUGGUGGCGUCGGAGAAAGCCAAAGGAGUAUUUCUUUGAUGUUCCAGCUGAGGAGGAUCCCGAAGUCCAUUUGGGACAGCUUAAAAGAUUCUCUCUACGAGAGCUGCAAGUUGCGACCGAUAGUUUCAGCAACAAAAACAUUUUGGGCAGAGGUGGCUUCGGGAAGGUAUAUAAAGGACGACUGGCAGAUGGCACACUUGUUGCCGUCAAAAGACUUAAGGAGGAGCGAACGCCUGGUGGGGAACUCCAAUUCCAAACGGAGGUCGAGAUGAUUAGUAUGGCCGUGCACCGUAAUCUUCUGAGACUGCGUGGGUUCUGCAUGACCCCUACUGAAAGGUUGCUCGUAUAUCCUUACAUGGCUAAUGGAAGCGUCGCAUCCUGUUUAAGAGAACGGCCGCCAAAUGAGCCACCACUCGUUUGGCCCGCGAGAAAGUGCAUUGCUCUGGGAUCUGCCAGAGGAUUAUCUUAUCUGCACGAUCACUGUGACCCGAAGAUCAUUCACCGUGAUGUGAAAGCCGCAAAUAUAUUAUUGGACGAAGAGUUUGAGGCGGUCGUUGGAGAUUUUGGUUUGGCGAAGCUCAUGGAUUACAAGGAUACACACGUGACCACCGCUGUUCGUGGAACUAUAGGACACAUAGCUCCCGAGUACCUGUCCACCGGAAAAUCUUCAGAGAAGACCGAUGUUUUUGGAUACGGCAUCAUGCUUCUCGAGCUGAUAACGGGGCAGAGGGCAUUCGAUCUUGCUCGCCUUGCAAAUGACGAUGAUGUCAUGUUGCUCGAUUGGGUGAAAGGGCUUCUAAAAGAGAAGAAAGUGGAAAUGCUGGUUGAUCCUGAUUUGCAGAAGAACUAUGUGGAAGCGGAGGUGGAGCAGCUAAUACAGGUGGCGCUGCUGUGCACACAGAGUUCUCCGAUGGAGCGGCCCAAGAUGUCGGAGGUGGUGAGAAUGCUGGAAGGCGACGGCCUUGCUGAGAAGUGGGACGAGUGGCAGAAGGUGGAAGUGCUCCGGCAGGAGCUCGACCUUGCGCCGCCUCAUUCGACUUCUGAUUGGAUCCUCGAUUCUACUGAGAAUUUGCAUGCUGUUGAAUUAUCAGGUCCAAGAUGACCUUCAUUCCAACAAAUUACUAACUCUCUUUUUUUCCUUUUCUUUCUUUAUCUCUUUUUUUUUUUGUUAAGAAAAAGUUAUUCCCCAUCACCCUCUAUUAGGUAUAUUGAAUGGGAAAAGAAAAGAAAAAAAAAAGUAACAGAUUAGGGAUUUUGGUGGGAGCAUAUUGUGAACUGUAUUUAUUCUUUGUAUUUGUGCAUAGCACUAUGUAGUGUAGUGCCCAACUAUUUUGGUGAAUCACAAUUCUUGUAGCUAUCUAUUAUUUAUUUAUUUAUUCAGCGCAAA